CUUAUCAGAUUUUAUAAUUGAAAAUUUAUUGCAUCUGCUUGAUUUCACUAUUCACUAUAUUUUUGAUAUGGAAUUUGUAUGAUUACCUAUCUAGUUUAUCGUAAUCCUAUUCGCUUUGUCAAAGUAUAUGUAAUCAAAUAAAUUUUGAGAAUAGAUAUUUCAUAUUAUCAGAAUGAUCGGAUUUAUAGUGAAUCUAGUUUUGAUUGCAGUUGCCCAUUCUUUGAAUCUAAGUAUUAAAAGGAAUCUAGAAUUUAAAUCAACCAUGCUGAAAAACUUUGUCAAUUUUGAAGAAAGCUGUAAGAAAAUUAAUCGAUAAAGAAUAAACUUUUGGUAUGAUCAUGUGCUAUAAGGAUCCUUGUCUAUGUUACAUUCUUUGGUUAAUUGCUAUACUUCGUUGAGGAUAUUUAUUUCCUAGUUCAAGGGCCAACGGAGACUUGCCAUAUAUACCUAGAUGUAUUAAUUAAAACUAUUAUGCACAUAGAUAAUUCAAAGUGAAGCUCGAAUAUUUCAAUACUGCUUGCUAUUAUUAGUUGUAUUAAUCCAAGUUCAACUCCCUUUUUCUGUAACAAUUUAUGCAUUUUGGUUCCAAAAACCAGUCAUAAAACAAGAAUCUGAUGUAUUCUAUAAAAUAUUUUAGUCGAUUGAAUUUGAAGAAGAUUACUUUAAAACCAUAAAAUUAUAAGAAAAACCCAAUUCACAUUCUUCUGAGUAAAUUACAACAUUAAAAGAAUGAAAUAAAGCAUAUUUAACAAAUAUACAGAUUAAAAUCAAUUAAAUAUAGAAUAAUUAACAAAUAUCAACUAAUAUAGUAUCAAUUUCUAUCAUUCUUUAAUUGCUUAGAAUUAUGA